AUGGACCAGUCCAUAAUUCGGAUCUCCAAGGAGCUGAGCGACAUUCAAAGAGGCACUGAUCUCGCUAUCGCUGUCGCUUGCCGCGAUAUCGACGUUCGCAAUGUGAAAGCUCUGGUCAUGGGUCCUCACGAGACCCCCUACGAAUUUGGUUUCUUCGAGUUUGCCAUUCGUUUCAGUAGAGACUAUCCGUCCAAAUCGCCCAACGUACAGUGUGUCACCACCAACGGUGGCAGAUGCCGACUGAAUCCAAAUAUAUACGCCAAUGGCAAAGUGUGCCUGUCAAUAUUGGGAACAUGGCGUGGAGAACGAGGGGAGGAGUGGUCGUCGGCCCAGGGCCUGGAAUCCAUUCUCUUAUCCAUUCAGAGCCUCCUGUCGGCAAACCCCUACGAAAAUGAACCCGGAUUCGAGGAUGCAAACGAGGAAUCAGACAAGGUGUACCAAAAAGAUUAUAUACAAAAGAUCCGUCACGAAUCGCUAAGAAUUUCUGUUAUUCAGCGCUUAGAAAACUAUCUUGGUCUUAGUCCCCUUACCGGUAGCACACUGCUGCUCACCAAAGAAGACGGCGGUGAUGACGACGAGGAAGUCAACGUACCCUUUGAGCCUUUCAGGGAUAUCUGCAAACGCCGAUUUCUAUGGUACUAUCAAUCAUACCUGGACGCUAUUGAAAAGGGAAAGUCGGAAGUAAAGCUACAGGAUAGCUUUGUGCGAAUGCCGUUUGAAAUGCCGGGCAACAACUGCAUGGAGGGAAAGUUCAACUACCCAGAUUUGGAGCGAAGACUGAACAAUGUCAAAACCGCACUUGACGCGGAAGCAGCGGCUUGGGCAGCCGAGGGUCUCACAGCUGUUGCCAAGGAGUCUACUGUCGCGGUCAAUCUGUACCAUCAGUAUGAGCAAGUCACGGCCUACUUCAAAAGAAGCGAUAUGCCUCAUGAUGUGACUCUCGACAACGACAAUCCCUUCGUGUGGAUCAUCACUUAUUUCGGUCGGCCCAUGACCAAUCUGGACGGCGGCUUAUUCCGCAUCAGAAUGAACUUCAGCACCCGAUUUCCCGACGAACAGCCUCGUGUCAAGUUUGAAACAAAGAUUUUCCACCAUCAUGUUGCCCCGGACGGCACGGCGUGCUACGUACCGAAUCCACUUAAGCGCGAGGAUGUCAAGUCCCAUAUUGAGGCAAUUAUAUCGACAUUGGAAGAGGAUGAACCGGCCUAUGACCCUAGAAUGAUUGUCAACCCCGAAGCCACCAAGUUGUUCUGGGGCGGCGGAAAGGAUGACAAGAAACAGUACAACCGUCGUCUUCGACGAUCAGUGCAGCAAAGCAUGGAGUAA